CCUGUUCUUAAUAUUCCGCAGUCAUCUGACUCCAGUGAUUCUAAUUUCGAUCCUGAUUCAUUAGCCACUCAACCAGAUUUUCUGGUAGCUGCAAAGGAGUGCGGUUCUCUGACGCAGUGUGAGAUGAACUUUUCAGGUCAUCGCGCUGGAGGACGUCGGUUUGAAGAUUCUACGAUCGGCUCUGAGAGUGACGCUCGACUGUUCUCGGACGAUGACGAUCGAUCAAGAGUGUCAACGUCAACCGACAUAACGAGCGUAUCGCGUCAACACCAUAUGAACGCGUAUCGUAAACGUCGAAAUCGCCGUAAAUUCCGACAACCAUCACGUGCGUCGUCGUUUAGUAGUAUCACGGAAAGUUCAAUGUCACUGGACGUCAUCACAGUGACACUGAACAUGGAUACGGUUAAUUUCCUUGGUAUUAGUAUUGUGGGACAGAGUUCAUCGCGAGGUGAUAAUGGCAUUUAUGUGGCCAAUAUUAUGAAAGGUGGUGCUGUAGCACUAGAUGGUCGUAUUGAACCGGGUGAUAUGAUUCUACAAGUGAAUGAUAUCUCAUUCGAGAACUUUACAAACGAUCAAGCUGUUGACGUGUUGCGUGAGUCUGUUGCCAGACGGGGACCGAUCAAAUUGACUGUGGCAAAGAUGUGGGAUGGUGGACCGAGAAGUGCGUUCACAGUGCCACGACAUCGAGAUGAGCCUGUGAGACCGAUCGAUACGCAAGCUUGGAUACAACAUACGAACGCUAUGCGAGGAAUGCCAUCGAUUCUAGAAGGAGCGCCAACGCCUGUUCCGGGUCAAUACGGUCGUCCGCCGAGUAGCGGUACGAUGACAUCAAAUGGUUCGGCACCGAAUACAAUCGUUGCUGGAGGAAUUGGUGGCAGCAUCCGAUUGGCAACAACAACUGACAAGAAGAGAAUUGUUCAAAUGAUGGUCAUGCCGAAUUCAGGUCUUGACAUCAAGAAUAGAACCUGGCUGAAAAUACCCAUUCCGAUGUCAUUUUUGGGUAGCGAUCUGGUGGAUUGGCUAAUGGAACAUGUAGAUGGCUUACGAGAUCGUAAAGACGGUCGUAAGUUUGCUGGCGAGUUGCUGAAAGAGAAGCUGAUAAGUCACGUUGUUAAUAAGAUAACAUUCACCGAACAAUGCUACUAUAUCCUGGGGGAUGAAUGUGCAGGUAUUGCGUUCAUUCCACCGCCGUCAACCAAUGACGAUGGAACUGGAGUGCGAAGUGAAGUUGGCUCAAUUCUACCGCCGCCUCCACCUGGUCUAAUGGCCGCUGCAGCCGCAGCACAACAACAGCAAGGCUGUCCGAAUCGAGUUGCUGGCGUUUGGCCGUCAUCCCAACAACAACAGCAACAACCAGGUGGUGUGGUUGGUGGUGUUAUGCUGCAGAAUGCACCGCCGUCGAUGGUAAGCAAUAUUCAACAUCAUCCUCAAAAUAUUGACGUGAAAAUGCGCUUUUACAUGAUGGAUAUUUGA